ACCCUAGAAGGCAGAGAGACCCCCGAAAUCUAGAUAAAGCCCCUUGGUUCCUCAUUUCUCACCUCCUACUUUCCACCCCCACACGCCUACGCUUGCGCCUCAACUCUGUGAGGGCCGCUCAAGUUCAUUCAUAAGAACAAGGGCUCUGCUCUUAAAGGAGCUGCAUUCCUCAGGCGUUUGUGUGAGAGUGGGUGUUGGGGCUCACGCCCAUGCUUUGUCGGUCUUGACCUUCGGGGCCAUCCCCAGCUCUCUGGACGUAAUAAAGGACAGAAUGAAAUCAGGUGGCCCCAAGAAGGGAUCCCAGCAAAUAGAUUUCUGCCUGGGAGGUGACUGCCCUUUCCUUUUAAUUUUAUUAGCUGAUCCUUGGGAGGACCCCGAGUAAGCAAUUAAGCUGCUGCCAUGAAUGAGUAAUCUCUGCUUUCCCUGGGCAACCUCAACCUCCCCAAUGCCUCAUCCAGAGAGAGCCCAGUCCUACACCUAGAGGCCUUUCCUCCCCUCUCCAAGGUUCCCUAGAUGCUGAGGGAGGGUAGGGUAGCUUCUGGGUUUGCCUGAGUCUCUAGCUGCCUACAGGGGCCAGGGACACUCUGGGACAGAUGGAAGGAACAGCUGUGCCUGCAGCCAGCUGGGCUGGGCCCCUACAACUCUCUAGAGCCCUCACCCAGUAGGCAGGUGGGUCCUGGCCUCUGAAUCAGGGCAGGAACUGGGGCUGGGCUUAGGAAGCUCUUGGCAGCAAGAGGAUAUUCAGGUUGUGGCAGUUGGUGCUGGAUGGGGACAGGUCCACUGCUGGAACAUGCUGCUCCUCCAACUUGGAAAAGAAAGGAACCGAAGAAGAAACAACAGUUGUCCAUUUGCAAUAAGCUUUGCUAUGCCGUUGGGGGGGCCCCCUACCAGGUGACAGGCUGUGCCCUGGGGUUCUUCCUACAGAUCUACCUGUUGGAUGUGGCACAGGUGGACCCGUUCUAUGCCUCCAUCAUCCUGUUUCUGGGCCGAGCUUGGGAUGCCUUCACAGACCCCCUGGUGGGCUUCUGCAUUAGCAAAUCCUCCUGGACCCGUCUGGGCCGCCUUAUGCCCUGGAUCAUCUUCUCCACGCCCCUGGCCAUCAUUGCCUACUUCCUCAUCUGGUUUGUGCCUGACUUCCCACAGGUCCAGGUCCUGUGGUACCUGCUCUUCUAUUGCCUCUUUGAGACACUGGUCACGUGUUUCCACGUUCCCUACUCAGCUCUCACCAUGUUCAUCAGCACAGAGCAGAGUGAGCGAGAUUCGGCCACUGCUUAUCGGAUGACUGUGGAGGUACUGGGCACAGUGCUGGGCACAGCGAUCCAGGGCCAAAUCGUAGGCCAAGCGGAUAUACCUUGUCUCCAGGACCCCAAUGGCUCGGCAGUGACCUCGGAAGGUGCCAAUCGCACACACAGCACCACCUCACUCAGAGAAACGCAAAACGCAUACCUGCUGGCAGCAGGCGUCAUUGCCUCCAUCUACAUUGUGUGUGCGGUCAUCCUGGUGCUAGGUGUGCGGGAGCAGAGAGAACCCUAUGAGAGUCAGCAGGCUGAGCCGAUAUCCUACAUUCGGGGCCUCCGGCUGGUCAUGAGCCAUGGCCCAUAUGUCAAGCUUAUUGCUGGCUUCCUCUUCACCUCCCUGGCUUUCAUGCUGGUGGAGGGGAACUUUGCCUUGUUUUGCACCUACACCUUGGGCUUCCGCAACGAAUUCCAGAAUCUCCUCCUGGCCAUCAUGCUCUCGGCCACAUUCACCAUUCCCAUCUGGCAGUGGUUCCUAACCCAGUUUGGCAAGAAGACAGCCGUAUACAUUGGGAUCUCAUCAGCAGUGCCAUUUCUCAUCUUAAUGGCUCUCAUUGAGAGGAACCUGAUUGUCACAUACGUGGUAGCUGUGGCAGCGGGCGUCAGUGUAGCAGCUGCCUUCUUACUACCCUGGUCCAUGCUGCCCGACGUCAUUGACGAUUUCCACUUGAAGCAGCCGCACUCCCGUGGAACCGAGCCCAUCUUCUUUUCCUUUUACGUCUUCUUCACCAAGUUCGCGUCCGGAGUCUCACUGGGCAUCUCCACCCUCAGUCUUGACUUUGCUGGGUACCAGACCCGUGGCUGCUCCCAGCCGGCACAAGUCAGGUUUACGUUGAAGAUGCUGGUGACAAUGGCUCCCAUCGUCCUCAUCCUGCUAGGUUUGUUGCUCUUCAAGCUGUACCCCAUUGACGAGGAGAGGCGGCGGCAGAACAAGAAGGCCCUGCAGGCUCUGAGGGAAGAGGCCAGCAGUUCAGGCUGCUCUGACACAGAUUCUACAGAGCUGGCCAGCAUCCUCUAGGACCUGCGAUGUUGCCUGAAGCCACCAUGCAUAGGGCCUGUGUCACCAGGCCACAUGAGGAAUCCAGACCUGCUUGACUGCUCACUGAACAGCUGGUCUUCAGGUGCCAGGAAGGGAGCCAAAGACUUGAGAGUAAGCGGCCCAGGACGACAACGGUGCCUACCUUGGGGCAGGCUAUUCAUACAGCCACCUGCCUCUCCUCUCCCUGAACAUGGGGUCGAGCCCUGGGGUUGCUACUGUGAAUACGCCAAGGACUGAUCGGGCCUUGCCCGGGACACUAAUGUAGAAACAUUUUAUAUGGAGACUAAUUAAUAACUUAAUGACUGUGUACAUAGCAGUGUGUGUGUGUAUGUAUAUGUCUGUGAGCUAUUAAUGUUAUUAAUUUUCAUAAAAGCUAGAAAAUGGAGCUGCCUGUUUC